AUGACCCUUCCUGAGGAGACAGAGGAACAGCGAGAUCGCCGUUUCAAAACCCUCUUCAGCACCAUUGACAUCAAUGGAACUGGCAAAGUGAGCCUAGAGGAUCUAGCUGAAGCGUUCAAAAGGACCAAUCACCCGCUGAAGUCAUCGCCCGAGGCAAUAGACCAGAUCUUUCGUUCCCUCGACUGCAAUGGUGACUCAGUUGUGGACUUUGAUGACUUCAAAAAGUACGCUGCGACCGCAGAGAGCCAAAUCAAACAAGGCUUUCUGCGGCUCGACCGUGACAAUGACGGUAGAAUAAGGACCAGCGAUCUGUCAACCUAUCUGAGUAGUCUUGCAAGAGGCAAGGAGCCCCGCCCUGAGAAGCCCUCAACCUUCAAAGAGUUCGUGAAGUGGGCGUUUGUGCCCAAGAAGAAGGGGACAGAGAACUCUCCUUACAUCACUUACGACCAAUGGCGCGACUUCCUCCUGUUUAUGCCCCGGAAAAAGGGCUCCAGGCUGCACACCGCCUACUCAUACUUCUAUCUAUUCAAUGAGGACGUCGAUUUGUCCUCAGAAGGUGACGUGACAUUGAUCAACGACUUUAUACGCGGUUUUGGCUUUUUUGUCGCAGGCGGUAUUUCUGGUGUAAUUUCGAGGACUUGUACAGCUCCCUUCGACAGAAUAAAAGUCUUCUUGAUUGCCCGGACUGAUCUAUCGUCAACGUUUCUCAAAUCUAAGGAUACCUUGCUCGAAAGAAAUCCCAAUGCAGACCUAUCGAAAAUAAAAUCACCGCUAGUGAAGGCUGCCACGACACUCUACAGACAAGGCGGAAUCCGCGCUUUCUACGUGGGAAAUGGCUUGAAUGUUAUGAAGGUUUUCCCCGAAUCUGCUAUCAAAUUUGGGUCUUUCGAACUCGCUAAAAGGGUCAUGUCUAAACUUGAAGGAGUUAAAGAUAACUCUGAUUUAUCCAGACUGUCUACUUACAUUGCAGGUGGUCUCGGUGGUGUCAUGGCCCAAUUUUCCGUGUACCCGGUAGACACUUUAAAGUACAGAGUGCAGUGCGCUCCAUUAAAUGCACAUUCCAAAGGGAGAGAGCUCCUCUUCAGUACGGCACGGGAAAUGUACAAAGAAGGAGGUCUGCGACUUUUCUACAGAGGCGUAACCGUGGGGGUGAUGGGUAUCUUCCCGUACGCUGCUCUAGACCUAGGCACUUUCUCGGCUCUGAAGAAAUGGUACAUCACCCGCCAAGCACGGAUUUGUGGUUUACCCGAGGAUCAGGUUACCAUGAGCAACAUGUUCGUGCUUCUCAUGGGCGCUUUCAGUGGGACAGUCGGUGCUACCGUAGUUUACCCCGUCAACCUUCUGAGAACUAGGUUGCAAGCGCAAGGCACAUACGCUCAUCCACACAGAUACAAUGGCUUCAGGGAUGUGCUUCUCAAAACAGUGCAAAGGGAGGGCUACCAGGGUCUUUUCAAGGGACUCGUUCCAAACUUAGCAAAGGUAUGUCCUGCUGUCUCGAUCAGCUAUUUAUGUUACGAAAAUCUCAAACGGGGUAUGAAUUUAGAAUGA